AAAUAUUUAAAAAUAAAUUAAAUGCAUAAAUUAAUGUUGAAAAUACAAUGUCUUCAGCAUUAGUACGCCAAGCCCUUGAAUUUGUUGAACCAGAAGAGAGUGAUAAAAGGAAACGUAACAAGCGUCGCAACAAUUCAACUCGGCAUCCUACGGGCACAGUUCAAGAUUUGUAUCAUCCGUACAACCAAAAGAAUAAGAAGCCAACUAAAGGAACUGAAAAGUCAAAGAACAGCGCUGAAGAAAAUAUUAAAAAACUAUUGGCCCUUUCAACUCCGGUAGCAAAAAGUGUGGCAAAAGACAAGAUUAUUGAAAGAGCAAUCAAAGGAAAACCCCUGCUACAAAAAGUUGAAAAACCCAAAGAAGACGAAUCAUCAAUUCUAUUUCCAGAGGAAAACUUUGAAGAAUUUGAGGAAAACUUGUUUUGUAGCUAGUUCA